GAAAAAAAAAAAACCCAGACAGCAACGAAGAAAAAGGAAAGCAGCAGCUGUUUACUGCACGUUGUCUCACGGUAAUAGCACAUUUAUUGGAAUAAAAAUAUCUAUUAAAGAUGUCCGGGGAGCUGCGAGCAGAAUUGGAGAAACAUUUGGAGGCUUUAAACAUUCAGACGAGCUUCGUGGAUCACCCGCCGGUUUUCACGGUGGAGGAAAUGAUGCCCCACCUCCAAGAUGUGAGUGGCGCCGUCACCAAGAACCUCUUCCUCAAAGACAAGAAGAAGAAAAAUUUGUGGUUGGUGUCGACGCGUCACGACCGACAGGUGAACCUGAACGUGCUGGCCAAGAAGCUGUCGGUGGGCAGCGGCAACCUUCGCUUUGCGGACGAGGCCACCAUGCUGGACAAACUCAACGUGGGUCAGGGAUGCGCCACGGCUCUGGCUUUGCUCUUCGACAAGGACCGCAGCGUCACCUUGGUCUUGGACCGAGACCUGCUGGAAGGGGACCACAACAUGGUCUACUUCCACCCCAUGACCAACAGCGCCACCAUGGGGAUGAGGCCCCAAGACCUGCUGCGCUUCCUCAAGGACACCGGACACGACCCCGUUCUGAUGGACUUUGAAUAGACAAGAAGAAUGCCGCCAGACAAUUCUGGUUUUUGCCUGGAAAGCAAGUGAAGAAGGUGACAAUAGAAGACAUCAAAGCAGUGGCGGGUCGUUGUUUUGCUACAUUUAGUUGCUAAAUAUACAAACCGGAUUCGGUUGAAGUUGGGAAAUUGUGUAAAAUGUAAAUAAAAACAAAAUACAAUGAUUUGAAAA